ACGCUGUUGAAAAAUAAAGAAAACGAAUUUCCAAGAUAAAAAAGAAAUAACUGAAAAUGUACAACGGAGUCUGUAAGUUUCAAAUUCUGUGGUUGACGCUCUUGAUCAUGUUCAUGGAAACAGUUCAACCCGCACCAAAAGAUCACACCUUCAGUAAAGAAAAUCAUACCUUCAGUAAAGAGGAUCUCAAGGAAAAAACAUCAUAUUUCAACUCGGAUGAACACGAUUUGAUUGGAAGCAGCGUAACUCUGCCAGAUAUAGCAGGCAACAUCCUGACGCUCCCAAAUGAUGUUAAUGUUCAAUUUAGCAAAAUAGUGGCUUUGGCUGGUGAUUUUUAUGGCGUGCCAAGCGCUCCAAUUAUUGAUCCUAAAGCUGAUGCCAGUAAUCCGGAGGAAAUCCAAGAUCGUCGUGAGCGAUUCAUGGCAGCUUAUGAAACACUUGCAGUUAAAACAGGUAAAGAUGUUGUGGCUGAGGUGAACAAGCUGGUUAAUAUGAUAGAUGAGGAUAAUAAAGCGAGGGAUUCUGGAGGAACACUUCACACUGAUGCCGACUGGGACAGAGCCACUGGUGGAACAUGGGCUGGCGGUUUACCUCUCAGGAUGGGCAGCAUGUUGAGUUUAGCAACGAAGAACUUUGAUCACUUUCAGCCACAGGCGGCUCAGGCUUGGCUCACAGGACACGAGUUGGCGAUAGAGAAAGCACGAGAAGCAGCCAAGGAUACCAACCAACAAACUAGUCUUUUGAAGUUAAUGGAAGCUUACGCUAUGGAUGCCUUUGCAUCUCACUUUCUUACCGACAUUUUCUCAGCUGGUCACCUCAGGACUCCAAGAGUUGCGCUUCACUACCAGGUUACCCCUUCUAAAGUCGGAGAUUAUCUCAGCAAAUUCAUGCACGAUGAAGACUGCAAAUAUGGUUUGCGUGUUACAAAUAAAAGAGGAGAUAAAUGGAUUGCCUAUGGUGACAAAUAUCUUCUGACCGCAGGAAAUAAAAAAAAUCACCAAUUUGUUAACGAGGCAAUCCAGAAAUCUGCUGGACAAGUGUACGACGCUUUCAAAAAUCCAAGUAAAGCGAUAAAUGCAAACGAAGUUAUUAAUAUCAUGCCUUUUGUUGAUGCCAGCGCGGUCAACAACGCUCCACUUUUCCAGAUGAAAGAUGGUCAAUUGCUUCGUCGAUUGGAUGUUGGAAAUCUUGUAGAUCAGAAAACAAAAUCAAAUUGGUGGGGAAUACCAACAGCCACACUUAAUUUGGUUCAAGGAGAGACAAGACAGAAUUCUGCUUUGCCUCCAUCAUCACAAGCGUGAGAACUAUA